AUGCUUCGUAUAUAUGGAUAUAGACUAGGGAUAAAUUUACGCCAUGUAAGAAAAGAUAAAAUAUUAUCAAUAUCUCUAAAUUAUGGACAGAAUUCGUACAUUCAAAGAAAUUAUGAGAAAUAUAUGGAUUUUCGAUAG